AUGAGGUUGUCUAAGGAGGAUAAAAAGACAAUUCCUGUGUGGGCUAAGUUCUACAACAUUCCGUUGGAAUUUUGGAAUGGGGAUGGUCUAAGCAGGAUAAAUUGCGCUGUUGGCACUCCUUUGUUUAUGGACCAACUUACAGCUUCUGGAAAUCAUAUUUCCAUUGCCCGUGUAUAUGUGAAUAUACAAGCAGAUUCUCUAUUUCCAUAUAGUUUUUCCAUUACAAACGAGGGUGAUUCUAUUGAAAUCCGAGUUGAAUAUCAGGGGGUUCCAUCUAGAUGUGCCCAUUGUAAUGUUUUUGGCCACGAAACCAAACAAUGUCUCUCUACCCAAGUGUCCAAAUUGAUUGAGUUGCAAAAAGAGACGGAGAACUUAAGUGGAGAAGAAGUUGGCUGGACCACUGUAAAGAAUAAAGGGAAACAAAAGGUAGGUGAGCCUUCCCAGGAGAUGGAGUCUAUGGCACCAAUUGAGGUAUCGAGUUCAUCAAAUGUUGGCAGGGUGGAUUCGGGCAAGGAGGAUUGUGUUAAUACCUACUUGGAGGAUGUGGUCACAACUACAGACUCAACUGCAGAUAUUGUUACCAAAGAAGUAGCAUCGCUGGAGGAUGAAAUUACAACCAAGGCAACGAAACAAGUUGAGGCCUUCCAUUCUGAUAUCAUGGAUAUUGCUAAACUGAUCCAUUCGGCUACAGAAAUCAUACUCAAGGAAGUGGAAUCAACAGUAGAGAGCAAGCAGUCUACUCCAAGUAACAAAGGGGAGAGGGUGGAGAACAUACAUUCUUCUGGGAAUUCCUCAAAGAGCAAAUCUUCUGGCAAAUCUGGAAGCCGGAAGAAGAAGAAAGUUAAGAAUCAUGUGAGUUCUCCUUUAAUAUGCCUUGGUGACUUCAAUGCUGUUAGAUUCUCUUAUGAAAAAUUGGGUGGUAAUGCCAGUUGGAAUAGUUCUAAGGAGUUGUUUAAUAAUAUGAUUCUUGAUGCUGACCUUGAGGAUUUGUCUUAUACUGGGUGCCAAUUUACUUGGUCCAACAAAAGAAGUGAGGGAGCAUAUAUCGCAUCCAAGAUUGAUAGAGCUCUUGUGCAUAAGAAGUGGCUUACGAGUUACCCUAACUCUUCUGCCCUCUUCUUGCCUUCAGGGGUCUCUGACCAUUCUCCGGUUGUAAUCACUUUGGAUCCUAAAGUAUCUAACUUUAGGAAACCAUUUAAAUUCUUUGAUUUCUGGGCUGAUCAUCCCAAUUUUGUUCAGAAAGUUGAUGAGAUGUGGAGGAAAUACAUCAAGGGUUCCCCUAUGUUUAGGGUUUGCCAAAAGCUGAGAACCCUCAAGCCUAUCUUGAAAAAUCUAAAUAAAAAAGAGUUUAGUGAUAUAUCUACUAGAGUGUCCCAUGCUAAGGACCAACUUGUUAGUGGUCAAAUCAAACUUGACAAAGACCCUCUCAAUGGUGAUCUUCAAACCCACGAGAGGGUGGCCUAUGCAAAAUAUGUGGAUCUCAGUAGUGUGCAGGAAAGACUUGCACAUCAAAAGUCUAGAGUCCAGUGGUUGGGUUAUGGGGAUAGGAAUUCCAAAUUCUUCUUUAAAACUAUUAAGGGAAAUAUUAACAAGGGUAGGAUCCAGAGUGUUGUGUUGAAUGAUGGUGUUACGUUCAAUGAUCUUGCUAGGGAGGUCUCUGAUAAGGAGUUUAUUGAUGCUUUCAAUUCUCUUAAACCUAGCAAAGCCCUUGGCCUUAAUGGCUAUUCUGCUGGUUUUUUCAAGAAGUCUUGGGAGGUUGUGGGAAAGGAGGUUGUGAAAGUUGGUGACUUCAGGCCUAUCUCUUGCUGCAACACUUUGUACAAAUGCAUCUCUAAGAUCAUAGCUGAUAGGAUUAAAGUUGUCUUACCUGACCUCAUUGACCCUAUGCAAUCAGCUUUUGUCCAUGGUAGGAGAAUCUCGGACAAUAUUUUCUUGUCCCAAGAGCUUAUGAGAGGCUAUCACAAAAAUUCUCCUACCCCAAGAUGUGCAAUGAAAGUUGACAUAAUGAAAGCUUAUGAUAAUGUUACGUGGGAUUUUGUUCUUCAUGUCCUUAGAGGUAUGGGUUUCCCUCCAAAUAUCAUUUGUUGGGUUAAGGCUUGUAUUACAAGUCCUUCUUUCUCCAUAUGUAUCAAUGGGAGCCUUCAUGGGUACUUUAAAGGGGGUCAAGGUCUGAGACAAGGUGACCCCAUGUCCCCUUAUCUUUUUGUUAUGGUGAUGGAGAUUCUUUCCAAAAUUCUAGCUAAAAAAUCUACCCAUCUUGAUUUUAAGUUCCAUUGGAGGUGUGAUAAAACUAAAAUUGUGAAUCUAUGUUUUGCAGAUGACCUUAUGAUUUUCUGCAAAGGGGAUGUGUUUACUGUUUCGGUAAUUAAGGAAGGGUUAGAUGAAUUCCAAAGCCUAUCUGGGUUGUCUCCUAGUCCCCAUAAGAGUCAUAUUUUUUUCUCGGGGUGUGAGAAGAAUUUGCGUGUCGAGCUUCUUAAUGUCAUCAAGUUUAAUGAGGAUGUAUUACCGGUGAGAUAUCUAGGUCUUCCUUUAAUCUCAACUAAGUUGAAAUCUAGUGAUUGCGACAAACUUGUUGAGAGAAUUACAAAUAGAAUCAAGAGUUGGACUAACAAAUGUCUUACAUAUGCUGGUAGAGCUCAACUGAUUCAAUCCAUUCUCUUCUCGAUGCAACUGUAUUGGUCCUCAUUGUUUAUCCUCCCAAAGAAGGUUGUCAAAUCUAUUGAGAGUCUCUUUAGAUCUUUCUUUUGGUCUGGUUGUGAGAUUAGGAAAUAUGGGGCUAAAGUGUCUUGGGAGCAUGUCUGCUCCCCCAAAUCUGAAGGGGGUCUUGGUUUUAAAUCUAUAGAGGUGUGGAACAAAGCUGCAGUGGCCAAGCAUAUCUGGUUUCUUUUCUCUGAAGGAGAGCAGUCUAUGUGGUGCCAGUGGGUGAAAUCCUAUUUACUUAAAGGUCAAAGUCUAUGGAGGGUUAAAAUGCCUAGGGACCCUUCUUGGGUCUGGAGGAAAAUUCUAUCCCUUCGUCCUGUCAUUUACCCUUUCAUUUUGCACAAAAUUGGGAAUGGGGGUGAUGUUUUCUGGUUUGGUGCUAGAGUUGUCUAUGAUACUGCCUUUGGGAUGGAUGCUAAGGUGAGUAGGAUUGUUAAUAAUCGUUCUUGGAGUUGGCCCAGGAGAAGGAGGAGCUUCUUACAGGAGUUGAUUGAGCAUACCCCGCUUACGUUUACUCCCAACUCUGGUAAUGAUACUGUUAUUUGGGUGCCGUCUUCUGAUGGUAAGUUUUCUAUAAAUUCAACUUGGAAUUGGUUUAGGAAAUCUUUUACUAAAGUUUCUUGGGAGAAGUUGCUGUGGGGUCCUCAUAAUAUCCCUAAGCUUUGGAUUGUUAGGAACAAUUGCAUAUUUAGAAAAGAAAAGAUUCCUGAAGAGAUUGUGAUUAAAGGCAUUGUGGAUAUGAUUAGAUUUCGAGUAAUGUCUAUUACUAACCUCAAAUUGCAUCCUAGUGACAGUUGGUACAUGGAUAAGAUGAAACUGCUAGCUGUGAGUGAUAAUAACCAAUCUCAGUACAUGGAUCUGAAGUUUUUUGAGUGGAGUGAGAAUCUAAAUUGUGUGUUGAGUGAUGAAGAAACUUUGGAUUCAUAG